ACUGACGACAAUUAAAAGCGUAAAUUUCCUCACCGCCUUCCUCCCGUCUCGCUUAUAUACAACUAAUGCAAGAAUUCCCGGUGUUCGACGCCGAAGCCCGGACUCGAAGACGGACAGAUCGGCGAGUUCCGCGGAAACCCUAAUCCCCAACCGUAACCUGGAAAUCCACGGACGACGGCACGAACGCCCCCCAAGAUCCCCUGCCCCUGAUCGCUCCCGCUCGAUCCCUCCUCCGAGUCCAAGAAAUGAUGCCCCCUGCUCUUUGAAUUCAGUCUAUUCGCGCAGUCCUUUGUACACCAGAGUUGGCCUUCUUGGUGUCCGAAGCGCAUUAGCGAAGGCUGGAUCUGCAAGAGGUUUGCUUUUUGGGGAAAAAAAAGCUAUCUUGGUUCUUGAUUAGAGGAGAUUCUGCGGGGUUUGCAUAGUUGUACGUGUUUCUUGGGCUUGGAUCGCGGAUUCCGAUGAGUAGAACUGGUGGGGUUGUUCCAGCUGAAUCUUGAAUUCUGGCUGAAGUCGACCGGGGGAUGAAGAUAUUCUCUUUUUGGUAGGUUUAGAUCCGUGGCAUUGGAUGGAAAGGGCCGGAUUGUAGGGUUUUGAUUCGUUGUUCUUUUUCCUCUUUUUGGUUGGGGCGGGGGUUCUUUUGAUCAUUGUACAUUGGAUGAGACGGAUUUGGAAGGGAGAGGGGAGAUGAGAGGGAGGCCCGUGGUGCGGGAGGGACAAUGACUGGAGGGUCGUUGGGUCUUCGAUCCUCGGGGAGUUAUGGAUCAUUGCAAUCGCAGCUGCACAACGGUGCCACAUUGCCGAUUCAGUCAACAUCUGGCUCCGUCUCCGUCCGCAAGCCGCCGAAGAUGCUCCUCCAGAGCUCGAGAGAGAAGGAGAGGUUCCUGCCUUGGAUCUGCAAGCUCGCCGGCAGGAGGAAGAUUGGGAUGCUGCUCUUGCUCGUCGCUUCAGCUGCAGUCGUUCUGUCGUUCAUCCCUGCUAUGAGUAAAGAUGAAGAUGCAUCAGAAGGUCCUCAGACUAACUUGGGCUCUUCAUAUCAUGUCUGGGGUCUUGUAAGAACUGGUGGGACAGCAUUGCGUAAUUUCACACCUCCUUUCACUCCUGUAAAAGAGAACAAGACAGAGAUAACAGCGAUGCCAAACCAACAGUCUGCAAGUGGUGAUAAUGAAACCCAGCCUCCUGCUCCAGUUCUUCCUCCGAGAGCAAUUUUUAUACACCAUCCUUGUGAAAAUUUUUCCUUUUCUCCCCCACCAACUGAUAGGAAGCGCACUGGCCCACGACCAUGUCCUGUGUGCUAUAUCCCUAUAGAGCAGGCCAUGACCUUCAUGCCAGCAUUGCCAUCAGUAUCACCUGUCCUUAAGAACUUAACUUAUGUUUCUGAAGAAAAGUUAACAGAGAAUAAGACAAAUGGAGGUUCUCUAUUUGGAGGACAUCCAUCUCUGCAGCAGAGAAAUGAAUCUUUUGAUAUUAGAGAGUCAAUGACUGUGCAUUGUGGAUUUGUUGGAGGCAAGAAACCUGGUCAAGGGACUGGUUUUGACAUAGAUGAUGCUGAUCUUCUUGAUAUGGAGCAAUGCCGUGGUGUCGUCGUAGCCUCUGCUAUUUUUGGAAAUUAUGAUGUAAUGCAACAACCAAGAAACAUUAGCGAAUAUGCAAAGAGAAAUGCAUGCUUUUAUAUGUUUGUGGAUAAGGAAACAGAAAACUACAUAAAGAACACCACUAACCUGGACAGCAUUUGGAGAGUUGGGUUAUGGAGAGUGGUGGUAGUUCGAAACCUUCCUUAUGUCGAUGCAAGGCGUAAUGGAAAGGUUCCAAAACUACUGCUUCAUAGACUUUUCCCUAAUGCACGGUUUUCUCUUUGGAUUGAUGGAAAGCUCGAGCUUGUUGUGGAUCCCUACCAAAUUCUUGAGAGAUUUUUGUGGCGGAAGAAUGCCACUUUUGCAAUCUCCAGGCACUACAGACGGUUUGAUGUUUUUGAGGAAGCAGAGGCAAAUAAAGCUGCGGGAAAGUAUGAUAAUGCCUCAAUUGACUACCAAAUUGAGUUUUAUAAGAGGGAGGGUUUGACGCAUUAUUCCCCAGCUAAGCUUCCUGUUACAAGUGAUGUCCCUGAAGGCUGUGUGAUCAUCAGAGAACAUAUUCCUAUCACCAAUCUCUUCACCUGUCUGUGGUUUAAUGAGGUUGAUCGUUUUACCUCUAGAGAUCAACUCAGUUUCAGUACUGUAAGGGACAAAAUUAUGUUUAGGGUAAACUGGAGUAUCAGCAUGUUUAUGGACUGUGAAAGGCGCAACUUUGUUGUUCAGGCAUACCACAAAGACUUGCUAGAACAAAGGCUAGCUUCUUUAAGUCGUCAACCGGCCCCUGGGGUGAUUCAUGAAUCACCUGGAAAUUCAGUUCCACGUAAUGUUCUGGAUGGGCUUGCAAAAACUCCUCCAUCCAGGAAAGUGCCCAUGAGGCGUGCGAGGGACAGGAGAUCAGGUUCAAGGCGUCACGGUCUGAGAGCUGCCACAGUAAGAGAGAACUACUCAAUCUAAGUUGUGUGAAUUUUUUCACCGGGAGUUCCAACAUUAUUCAUUUCAGGGACAGUAUUUUGACGAUUGCUUAAUAGGCUCUAUUCAUGGAGUGCAAAAGGCUCUAUUUUUUUGUCAAAAAUUAUUGAUAGGCAUUCAUUUUGUUGUAAAUAAUUAAUUUAAAAUAAAUUGCAUUUGAGCUGCUAGUACUUCCCCCAAGAACCAAUCUGCCUUCUGUGAUUUGAUAAAAGGGGAGAGCUUCUCUAUGUCUUGUUGGUUUUUUCUAUCACAAUAAUUAGGCAGGCAAUCUUUUUUGGAGAACUAACCGAAGUUCAAUAUGAACAAUGUUAGCAUGCAUACUGAACAGUCUUGUUUCCAUUCCUUUGUUUGGUGAUUGAUGGGAAACUCAGAUAAAAACUAGAUAAAGAUACUGUGAGAAAGUAAGGGCUAGUGAAUUGGCUGAAUCUUCCUCAUUUUAUGCCAGUUUCUCGCCAACUUUAUUGCGCACAGAGUACUGAGUAGGAUAUGGCUGUUGUGGUCUUGAGUUCGAUCUUCUUCUGCGGAUGUUUCCCUCUACUCAUCUUAUUAGAAGGCAUGGUUUUAUUUAGCGAGGUGUCAAGCAGCCAAGCAUUCACAUAUAUAGUUACUAGGAACCUGUUUCCUACUCAAAGUAGGAGUUUCCUGGAAAAUCGAACUAGGAAAUCAAAGUGCGAUUUUUUGAGAAACUUGUUGCGGUAUUUGAAUGCGGAAAAAAAAAGAGACAUCUACAAAUUAAGCUCCAAAUGAAUGAGCCAUGAAGAGAAGGGCAUGACAAGGAGGGGGUAGAGAUGGGGAGACUAGGAGGAAAGGAGAAAUCUAAAUCUAAGAUUCUCUUAUGGUCCUGAUGAAAUGAUUUCGAUAAAUUUUUUCCUUCGUAUCACCCUGAGAAGUUGAACAGUCUUUGCUGUAACUAGGUUUCAUGGUUGGUAGACACGAGUUAAAAAUUGAUCCCAAAAAGAUAAGGGUAUCAAAAAUUGGCUUAGAUCCAAGUUAGUGACUAAAGUGCGGAGUUUCAUUGGAGCUAAAAAUUGAACCAGAAAAUUUACUAGUCAUUUCUUAGUGAUUGCAACACAUUUAUAUGUUUGACCAAAAAAAAAAAGAGGAAAUUUGAAUGGUCGAAGAAAUAUGGAGACACUUUUCAGCUUCUGAACAGGCUGAUCUGCAAAGCACUAAUGCUAAUAUCACCCAAUUUGUAGAGAUAUUUGGAAAUCAAAGACGAUGCAUCAGGGUAUGCAUCGGGAGUAAAUCCUUGUAUCAUAUGGGAAAUCAUAGCAUAUCAUUUGGUGAUGUUCUAGGGUCGCUGUUAUAUUAUCCAAUCAUAUUACAAAGAACUGUACAUCCUGCAUCAGGUCAUAAAGCAUUGGCGACAAACUUGGCUAAGAAAAGAGACAAUUUUGCACGCAGUCACACGCUGUUUCAGUUCUUUUGGCUCAAAUAUAUGGUCGUCUUUGGGAAGUUAGAACGCUAUGCUGUUUUCUCAGCUCUGAUCCCUUUUCUCCAAAGAAAAGAGGGAAGAAGAAUCAAUGCACUGCCAUUAUUUGUUCCAAAGUGAGUAGUCUUAGAGCACUAGAGAAGCUGUUACCGGGGGCUCCUUCUGUGCUGCAUAUUUUAUGUCAUACUUAUCUCGAUAACUGGCUGUCUUAUACUAGUCGUGGGACUUGAAUGGUGAAAAGCUAGCAAACUAAGCUAGGCCAAAAUAUGCAUAGAUGAUUAAAAACGCCAAAUCCAAAAUAUACUAAUAGCACUCCAUUAAUAGAACAUAGGUAAUAGAAAUUAAUACAGAGCUAGAUAAGGAAUCCAGAUAUUGGUUUCCUCCCAGCCUUACAACAACAACACACCAUGACAGAAGCACAUCCAAAUUAUUUAGUCCAACAUACGCAUACUACAUGCAUCCUUCUUUUAUUUUGUCAUUUGCUGUAGUACUCAGAGACGUCGCUCACUGGCCACAGUGACAAUCCGCGCAAGCACAGGUAGGAGCGCACUUGCACUUGCCAUCGGCUUCAGUAGCAGCUGGGGCAUCGACAACAU